UCCGUCUCUUUCGUUCAACGUCGUUUCCGAUUUGAAAGGAAAGGAAAAUAGAAAACCGAGUGGAGAACCCAAUCAUCGAUUUCGCCGUCUCUCCGCUGUGUGAAGAUGGCGGAGGAUUUCACUAAGGCCGUCGAGGAUGGCCUCAAGCUCGCCAAGCGCGUUUAUCUCGGCAAUGACCGGUUGGUUGCGGCGGCACCGCUCCCGUCGCCGGUGAUGGAGCGGUCAUCUUCCACGGCGUAUCUUCCGACGGCCCCGAUGGUUUACGCCGUUAUAUCCGACCCGGCAAUCGUAGAUAAUCCGGAUCUUCCGAGCUACCAGCCCCACGUUCAUGGGAGGUGCGAUCCACCGGCUCUGAUCCCGUUGCAGAUGAACGCAGUUGAGCUCGAGGUUGAUUGUUACCUCGACACGGCUCUGAUUCGGGUUACGGGUUCGUGGCGGGUCCACUGUGUCAUGGGAAGCCGGAGCUGUGAUUGCCGAAUUGCUAUUCCCAUGGGCGAACAGGGUUUCGUUCUAGGUGUUGAGGUUGAGAUCCCCAGAAAAUCAUACACCACUCAGUUGGUCACAUCUGAAGACGGCAAAGAAAUGGAGAAAAAUGCUCGACCUGAGAAUGGAGGCUUCUUGAAACCAAACAUAUUUACCUUGACAAUACCACAGGUUGACGGGGGUACGAACCUUUGUAUUAAAAUGUCUUGGUCUCAGAAGUUGUUGUAUGUGGAUGGACAGUUUUCUGUCGAUGUCCCUUUCAACUUUCCAGAGUAUGUAACUCCUGCUGUAAAGAAAAUUUCAAAGAAAGAGAAGAUACACUUGAAUCUUAAUGCUGGUGCUGGAACUGAAAUUCUCUGCAAAGGGAGCAGUCAUCCUCUAAAGGAAAAAAUGAGAAAUGCUGGAAGGUUGGGGUUCUCAUAUGAAGCAGAUGUUCUGAAAUGGUCAAACACCGACUUCAGUUUUUCAUAUGUGGUUUCUUCAAGCAACAUAGUUGGUGGGCUUUUUCUUCAAUCCCCGCCUGUUCAUGAUGUUGAUCAGAGAGACAUAUUCUCUAUCUAUCUUAUACCAGGAAGCCAGCAAAGAACUAAGGUGUUCAAACGGGAGGUGGUAUUUGUUGUUGAUUUAAGUGGAAGCAUGAGCGGAAAAUCUCUUGAGGAUGUAAAAAAUGCAAUAUCCACAGCGCUAUCUAAGCUGAGUGCUGGAGAUGCCUUCAACAUUAUCACUUUCAGUGAUAAUUCUUCUCUGUUUUCGACAUCAAUGGAGUCGGCUACAGAAGAGGCUGUAGAAAGGAGCAUUCAGUGGAUGAAUGAUAGUUUUGUUGCUGCUGGUGGUACGUCGAUGCUUCCUCCUCUUGAAAAGGCAGUGGAGAUGCUGUCCAAUACUCGUGGCUCUGUUCCUAUGAUCUUCUUCAUAACUGAUGGGUCUGUUGAAGACGAGAGACACAUCAGUAACAUAAUCAAGAAACGUCUUGAAAGUUCUGGAUCUUUGUAUCCACGUAUAUACACUUUUGGGAUAGGUAUAUACUGUAAUCACUACUUCCUGCGAAUGCUUGCAAAUAUUUCCAAAGGUCAACACGAAGCUGCUUAUGAUACAGAUCACAUUGAAGAAAGGAUGGAGAAACAUUUUAACAAAGCUCUUUCCACCAUCCUUGUGAAUGUAACAAUUGAGCCCCUUCAGAAUCUAGAUGAAGUUGAGGUGUAUCCUUCAAACAUUCCAGACCUGUCUUCUGCAAGUCCAUUGAUAAUAUCUGGAAGAUGUCGUGGAAAGUUUCCUGAAAAUGUUAAAGCCAAGGGUCUGCUAGGAGAUUUUAGCAGCUUUUCCAUAGAUUUGACUGUGCAAAAUGCGAAAGACAUGCUUCUUGACAAGCUGCUUAAACAGGUGCUUGCAAAGAAUGUUAUUGACAUGCUUACUACUGAGGCGUGGCUCUCUGAAGACAGAGGGCUGCAAGAAAAGAUUGCUAAAUUAAGCAUCCAAACUGGCGUACCAUCAGAGUAUACUCGAAUGAUCUUACUGGAGAACAUUGAAGGACCAAAACCCAAAGAGACAGCCAGAAUGAAAAAGGGUAUUCAACAGGUUGACAACGAGACACAGAAGAUGGUGUCGAGGACGAUUCCGCUUCAACCCCUAGGAAUAGGUUUCGGGGACAAAACAGCGACCUCAGAGAACGUUCAACCGGGUUUCAACGGGCAGAAACCGCCGGACGCUGCAGAGAUGUUUGUGAAAGCGGCGUCCAGUUGCUGCUCCUCGAUGUGCAACAAGUGCUGCUGCGUGUGCUGUAUUCAAUGCUGCUCCAAGUUAAACGAUCAAUGCGUUAUCGUUCUCACCCAGCUUUUCUCGGCAGUCGCCUUCAUCGCCUGCUUCGAGUGUUGCUCCCAGGUUUGCUGUUCCGGAGAUGAUGGCUGAUACAAGUGAUGUCUGUCUUCACACGCACUGCCCCCUUCAGUGAUAUAUGUCCGAUCCAUUAUUGAAAGUUGUAUGUUUUGUAACUUUGUAUAGCUUCGAGGGUAAAAUGAUUGUGUAAUAGUGAAAGAGGAACCUAGGGUUGUCAAGUUUUCAAGAAAAUAAUUUCCCAAACCAAAUCUGAACACGUGAACAAAAUUUAAUGUACAUUUUUUUUACUUAAUUACGCUAAUAUUGAGAUAUUA